AUGUUAUCGAUGUACGUGUCUGAGGAUCAUCGAGAUUGGGACUGCACCUUACCGUUCGUGACGUUUGCCUAUAAUUCGUCGCGUCACGACGUUACUGGCUAUUCUCCGUUCUAUCUGCUGUAUGGCCGCGACCCGCUCUUGCCUCUCGACUCGCUACUUCCUUCAGAGGCAAACUCAACCACAUUCUACGCUCACGACGCCAUCGCUCGAGCGGCGACGGCACGUCGCGUUGCCCGUGACCGACUCCUGGCGUCUCAGGCCGACCAAAAGCGCCUGUACGACAGCCACCACCGGGACAUGCGUUUCAGCCCUGGCUCCCUGGUCUUGCUCUGGCUGCCUUCGCGUCGCGUUGGCCUGAGUGAAAAACUGCUGCCGCGCUACGCUGGACCUUACCGAGUUCUUCGCCAAGUAACCGAAGUCACCUACGAGAUCUCGCCACUCACCCCCAAGCCUUCGUCCCCCUCACCAGCUGCAUACGUUACAUCGGCGACGCAGGGAGGGCCCUUCACGUGCAAACUGUGCGAAAAGUUAGCUGACGUCAACGUGAGACUGACCGGUCUUGAGGGCCACCGCGACGAUGCGCCCCGUUUAAAAAUGGAGGCGCUCGAAGCCCUGGUUCAAGAGCUCACCGUAAAGCUCCAACAGCAGCUACAUCGUGUGGACAUACCACAGACGCGGCACACGACAUGA